UAGUAUUGCGCAUAUAUCGAAUGUCACGAUUGAACAAAAAAAAAAAAUACUUACAACCCUUGGGCCUCAGCCUCAGCUUUUUGACAUCAUCUUGCCACCACCGAAGUACUGAAUCAUUUAAUAAUUUUGAAAGAAAAAGUGAGAUACCCUUUUACAUACAAUUAGAUAUGUUAGUCUAUUAAUAUACAUAUUUUCAUUACAUUUAAAAUGUAAUUAUGGAAGCUGUUCAUUAUGAUGUGACACGCGAGUGUCUUGCAACACAGUAGCAUUGGUUUCAAUUAAACGAGACUGCACAUCACAGAUAGUACUACAUGCUAAAAAAAGUUUACAAUGGGAGCGAGUAGAAGUGAAUUAUAAAAAUGGACAGGUGCACAUUUAUUUAUGAGUUACCUUACUCAGUUCGAGCAGACUUGUGCAAUAUACUUAAUUACAAUGAAAGGUGGAAAGAACUAGCAGGUGUCUAUAUGGAGUAUGAUGUCUCAACAAUACAAAACGUAAGGAAAGAGAAAAAUCCGACCGAUGAACUCUUGACUCUUUGGGGACAUUUUAACCACACCAUUCUAGAGCUGUUUAUUUUACUAUCUCGAAUGCAGCACUAUCAAUCAAUGGAUAGAUUAAAACCAUUCGUCGAUAGUAAAUAUCAUGUUCUCUUAUAUAAUGGAGAGGGAAACCUUCGGAAAAUUUUUAACAAAGAUGAAAAAAAAAUUUCAACUGGGAUUCCAAAAUGCCACCAACGUCAAGAAUUCCAUAAUCCUCAUAAAAUCAUGGCUAUGGAUAAAAGCAAGGAGUCAGAAAAAAUCUUAAAUAAUAGGGCACGAGGAGAACAGCUGGUUAAUUCAACGAGUAAUUCACAUAAUUUGUUGGCCUCAAUGCCGGAAAUUUUUUCAAGUGCGCUACCGUGUAUCUUAUACAGUGAGCUAGCAACUGCUACGGAUUAUUGGAAAAAAGAGAAUGUUCUUGGAAAAGGAGGGUUCGGUAUUGUUUUUAAAGGUAUUUGGAAGAAUACUGAAGUAGCCAUAAAAAAGAUUGAGCCAAGAAGUUCUGAUUACGAUGAGAGUUAUGCUCUUCAACUAGAGCAGUCGUUUCGAGAAAUAAAAAUAUUAAAUUCAUUGCCUCAUGAAAAUAUCCUACCGUUGUACGCAUAUAGCAUAGAUGGUAAAGCGCCUUGUCUUGUUUACCAAUGUAUGAAAAAUGGUUCGUUGGAAGACAGGUUGCAGAUGAAACGAGGAAUAUUGCCUCUCAGUUGGUCGCAAAGAGAGGAAAUUGCAAAAGGAACAGCACGCGGCUUGCAAUACCUUCAUACAGUGCAUCAGAAACCUCUGAUUCAUGGAGAUAUUAAAAGUGCUAAUAUUUUAUUAGAUAAAAAUUUUGAGCCAAAAAUCGGAGAUUUUGGGUUAGCAAGAGAAGGAUCUUCUGAUAACUAUUUAAAAGUUAGCAAAAUCCAGGGAACUAGACCUUAUUUACCUGAAGAGUAUAUAUUAGAACGUAAUUUAUCUACUAAAAUUGACACGUACAGUUAUGGUAUAGUACUAUUCGAAUUGGCAACUGGUCUACCUGCAUAUGAUAAAACACGAUCUAGAAACAAACGUCUUAAAGAAUAUGUGGAUAGUUUUGAUGAAAAAAAUAUGCAUGUAUUAAAAGAUGAACAAGCGGGAGAAUCGUUAACGGAUAUAUUUUCAUACAUAAUCAGACUUGGAAAAUGGUGCUCCAACAAAUUAGCCGAAAACAGACCAGAAAUGACAACUGUUUACAAAAAACUUAUUUUAUAACUUUUUUUUAAACCAUUUUAUAAAUAUGUUUUUUUUAAUUACUAUAUAAAUGUUAAGUAUAUCAUUAUACAAAAGCUUAUACAAACGUAAAUUGUACAAGGAGAAUCAAGAAGUACAAUUUUAAGAUUACAACCAUUUUCAUUUCAGUCAUUCUUUUUAAUAUCAGUGAGUGUAAGUGAUUUUAUUGUUCACGGAAAUGAGUUCAAAAUUUUA